AUGGAAGGACUGAUUCCAUCCAUUACUCUCUCACAGCAAGUCAAAGAUAUCAUGACACACAGCAUGCAAUAUGCUGUCAUUGUGAAGCUGCUCGGGCAAUAUGUAAGACAAGACGUCUUAUGUGGGAAAAUAGGGGCCGUGGGUAGUCUUAGGGCACUACCUCACAGUGCAUCCAUGGGAGCCGAUUAUUUCACCCUCCAACCUGGAAAUCAAGCAAUCAUUGGACAUGUACUCCGGAUUGACUACAACACAGAAGGGCUUGACAAAGCACGGUUUGUAAGGCUAGCGGUCAAAAUAGACUUAACUAAGCCCUUGGUCUCCAUGAUCAAACUUGAUGGUACAACCCAAUUUGUAGAGUAUGAAGGCCUCCCCACCAUCUGCUACCACUACAGCAGAUAUGGCCACCUUAAAGCUACCUGUCCGACCAAAAUACAGCAGCAACCACCAACUGUCAACCCCGUAAACUCCUUGGAAAAUGAAUUCGACACAGCACAGCAACCAGCACCGAACCCAGAACCUCAAGCGCGUGAAACCAACUUGCGAGAGACCCAACUCUUCGGCGCUUGGAUGAAAGCACCAUCGCGUAACAGUAAGUUCAGUCGGACUAGCAAAAAACCCGCUGCCACUAGCACCAAUCUAGGAACCGAAGUCAAUCACUUUGAGGUACUAGCCACCUCGGAGGACACUGACAAACACCAAAGUGGAAGCUCCAAUUCUGACACCCCUCUUGAGAAAACCCUUGCGGCCUGCUCUGAAAAUGACAAAAGGCAAUAUAAAAAACCAGAUGGCCCCCAAAAGUCAACAAGCACCAAGACCAAAAAACCAGAAAAGACAGUACAGCCUGCCAAACCCAACAACUCUCUCUUUGAAUCCUCGGCUUACCGCGCUAUCCACAUCCCGAAAACCCUUGACCCACACAAGCACACUGCAGUCUCUAUCCAAGACACCAGACAAGCCUCCAAUAUCACAGUCGAAAAGCCCACUGCCUCAGCUGGCCCUAUAUUACCCAAGCCCAAUUCCACAAACCCAACUGAGACAAGAAGCCUUCACCCAAAGCCACCAAACAUAAGCCCAACGAAAGGAGGGUUCAAAAUGAAAUCUAACAUCCAGAUUAAACAUCUGAAACAGAAGACCAAGGAGGACGUUGGCACAGUUGAAAACGAAAUCACACAAGCAUUAGCAGAUGCUCUCGGUGCCACCCUCCCAUCUGAUGAAGAAACAAUGUUUAUGGAAGCUACGGAAUCUGGCCUUAACUAUGAUUCUGCAUCUGAAAGAUCCGAAAAAGAACACUAA